UAGGACGGGCCCACAACCUCAUUCUUAAAACUUUCCACAAGGUGCACAAUAAUUGAAGUGGCAAGACUAGUACUAGUAGAGAGUCUACUUUUGUCUUUUGGUCAAUAUAGUGGAGUUGAGGUUCGCAUUCGUGUUUGAUCAUCCACUCGGAAGAAUGCGAAGGCAACGGUUCAUUUGCAAAUCCUGCGAAGGUAGUUCCGGCGGACAUGGCGUCGGCAUGUACUGCAAGGGGUGCUACAUGGAGCUCAAGGAUAAGAUUGAAUUUCUCAAGUUGUGCUCGCCGUCGCCGACCACUUCUACUACUACGUCCCUGGCAGCUUCCUUCUCCGACGUCGUUCUGAUUGCCUUGGACUCUGACAACUGCUCUUCUGAGCCUCCGCUGCCCGUUCAGGCUCAUAAGGCCGUUCUGGUGAACCGCUCUCCGGUGUUCAGAGCCAUGCUUGAGAAUGAAGAGAUGGAAGAAAGUCGGAGUGGUACCGUUAAGAUUGCCGAUGUGCGCUACGAUGCCCUACAAGCUUUUGUCAACUACCUCUACUCUGCUGAGACAUGCCUUAACCAGAACUUGGCAUGUGACCUCCUAAUACUGGCUGAAAAAUACCAAGUGCAGCAUCUCAAGCACUACUGCCAGAAAUUCUUGGUGUCCAAGCUCAACUGGGACAAUGCGCUUACGACCUACACCUUCGCUUGCUGCCAUAACGCGGAGGACAUCAUGGACGCGGCCUUGGAAGUGAUCACAGACAACAUGGACAAGCUCACUACCCAGUUGGAGUACGUCAAUUUGGUGGAGAAAGAUCCCCAACUCGUCAUCAAAAUCUACGAAACUUAUCUCUCCAAACAGGUUAACACUGCAGCACGUAGGAAUCCAUCAGUCCGCAGAGAUUCUUCGAGUGGGAGUGGGAUUGGGGGAGGGUCGAGCGACGGGGGAGGGAGUGGGAAUGUGAGUGUGAGUGGGGGAGAGUGGAGCGACAGGUAUUAGCUUUUCUUUCCCCUGUGAAAGUCUUUGUGAGAGGUUUCAUUCUCAUCGAUUUACGUCGGCGCCGGCCCAUGGUUUUGCUGUCUAAUUUGCUUUUGUGGUUAGUUUUUGUUUUCAGCUUUGUCUAGCUUCUCCUAAGCCUACAAUUUCCCUUCCCCUUCCCUGCAACCUUCACAAUCUCUUCCUUCCUUUUCUGGUUUUGCCUUUGUUCUCACCAUUCUGAGCCCAUUUCUCCAAUCGCCCGUUUCCUCCCUUCCCAUCCCCUCCAUCAUCUCCUCUUUUGGCUCCAUCAGCUUUAUCCUCAAGUCUUAACGAAUACCGCCUCUGUUUGCCGCGAUUUGUCGCGAAUUUAUGGGAGGGUGUGUAGAGCUUUGGCUCGGGGAUCACACGACCACCCUUGUUGGCCCCUGUUGGACUUUUCAGUUGUUCACCCUUGCCGGUGAUGUUAAGGUCUACUCCGGCGUGCCUUGUUGGUCUCGUGCUGGUCCAUGGAAUAUGAUGCGGCCUCUUUCUUCACAAUUUCAGGUUUCUUCAUGGUGUGAUCCUUUUUUAUCAUGGAGGGAGGCGGACCGUUGUGCGGAUUUUCUGGUGGCCAUCUGCAGUUUAGGAGGUCUUUUUGUGUGGUUUGUUUGUGUGCUGGUCUCCAAGGUUGGGCUUGAGCCAUUUUCUUUAUGUGUUUGUGCCCCAAUUUUUUUAUUUUUUAUUUUUUAUUUUUUUUGGUGCUUUACUUGUUUGGGCCUUUGUUGUACUUGUUUUGAUUGGUAAUGAAACUUACCUUUUAUCAGGAAAGAAAAAUAAAAAAUAAAAAAACUAGAUGGCUGUAUUUUAUUUUUUUUAAGAUAACUGUAAUUUGUCAUUAUUA